AUGGUCAAGCUUACCGAAGUCGAGGAUGAGCACUUCUCCCAGGAGAAGCCCAUGCCCAGCAAGCACAAUGUCCUUCUGACCUCGGACGAUGAAGAGGAAGACGACUACACUGACACCGAAUCCGAAAUCUCCGUCGAGUCCGACCUCGAGGUCGAUGGUGAGACCUUCUACGACCGUCUCUACGCCCUGAAAGACAUGAUUCCUCCUUCCACACGCCGCUCGGUCACCAGCACUGUCAACUCCGUCACCUCUUUCACAAAGUCCAGCAUCCAGUUCAGCGGUAAGGCGCUGUGGAUCAUCAGCACCAGUGCCUUCCUCCUCGGUGUCCCGUGGGCUCUGGCCUACGCCGAAGAGGAGCAGUACAUCCAGAUGGAGCGCGAGCAGGGCAUGAUCAAGGGCGCCAACGAGAUGCUUACGCCCGGUGCCCCCGGUGAAGAGAAGCCCGCUCAACCCUCUUUGUAA